UCGAAAUUGAUUUACCGAAUGUCGAUUGGCCUCCGUGGAUUUUUUUCGUUAUUAUUUAAAUAAUCAUCGGAGACGAUCGUCGAAGAUUGAUUUUUAAAUUAUUUUUUGAGAAGAAAAACAAAAGUUUGCGAGUAACAUCUUGUCUGAAAUUUAGCAAUUUGUGUCUUGUAUCUUGUGCUUUAUAUAUCAGAGGACAUUUUGAAAUUAUCUUUAAGAAAGAGGACAGGAGACUGCAGGUAAUAUCCUGCUUCGAAAUUGAUUUAAACUUUGGGAUAUUGAUUGCUUCUGCUAAAUGUUCAUCGACUAUGUGUGUUUUUCUAUUUGGUAAUGGAACGAUCACAGGAAACAUCUUUGAACUAUUUUCUAAAGAAGGAACGUCAGAGUUUAAAACUAACAACUUGCUUGAAGUUGGAUUCAAGUUUUUGGAAUGGCUUAGAUCGAAUUAUUCGUUGAAACGUCCUGAACUUAUCGGUAAAGCUCUUUCGCGGUCUGAAGUCCAACGAAACAUUUCGUAUAUCCGAGACAGAGAAGAGAUGCUGGUUUAUUAAAUUAGGGAUAAGUAACCGUCGUUUUUCAGUAAUGGAUUGCAGCGAGGAAGAGUUGACGAAAAUCAACGUCUUCCGAUUAAACAUUCUCAUCCCACUGAUGGAGAUCUUGGACGUGUACGCGUCGUUUAAACAAGAAUUAAGUCCAGAUGAGUUUUGCAUUCGUUUGUUUGUUAACGAAGGCUCGAGAGAGAAAUGCAAACCUCAUCACGAUCCUGUUAUGCAACGUUUCAGGAAUAUCGAAGAAUUUAAGGCUUUGUCAGUUUCGUUGCAAAAUGUAGUCAUCGAUUUAUUCAUGAAUAUCGUUCGUUACGCGGUUUUCUUGGAAUCAAUAAGUAAAGAUUAUCUGGAUAAACAGAACUGUCGCAAUUACAACGACUUGCCUCAGAUCAUAGUGUUUGUGUACGUCUUAUCAUACAGAAUAUGCAGCUUGUUUUUCGAAGAUUCGAUCGAUUGCUUCGUUCGCUUUAAAGUAAAGAAAAUGUUGUCGCUCGUUGCGUAUCUUCUUCGCACGGAAACUCCCAAUCUUUUCCACGAGAAGGGUUGCCUGACGUUCGAGGAAGAUUUUGUGGAGGGAAAUUUGGUUCUGCCAUUUUUAGAGGCAACGCCGUGUUUAGAGAAACUUCAGGAGCAUUUAAAGCAGCACAUGCGAAAUACGAAGACUCGUAAAAAGGAAUUGACUACUCCUGUGUUUAUGAACGUUUUAAAUCGACCAAGAACGCGUUUGAAAGUGCCACCCGGUACACCUGAAGACCUGUCGCUGAUGAAGUUCACGCGUCAAAUUCCAAAGACGAAUUACCUUAAACCGUCAACGGAGAGAAAAUUGGAGCUUUUGAGCGCAACUAACAAGAUAAAUGCCAUGAAAUUGUUGAAGGACGCGAACGACAAUGCACCAAAUUGUUUCUAUCGGCGUAAAGAUUCAGACAACUCGGUAGAAGAAGAGAAACCAAAGGCAACUUUCGUGGGAAAAUCGGUUCCGAAAUUUAAGCCAGUCGAAGUAAAACAGACAGCAGCUUCGACGUUGAGAGAAUGCGCGCGUGUGAUCAACAUGGAAGAGAAAGAAAUAAAAAGAUUGAAAUCAUUAGCCGAAGGAGGUACCGAUCCAGCUUCGAUACUGAAAUUUCAAGAAGAAAGACGUCAGCAACAAAAAGAGGAAGAGUUGUUGAAGAUACAAGAGAAACAUCUAUUGGCUUUGUUAACCCGUGAGAAUGCUUUCAUUGCGAAACAAUCGCUGUUGAACGAUGUGAAAGCGCACGCAGAAAGCGUUCGAAAGGAGAAGCAAGAACUUUACGACAAGUUAGAGAAAUGGAGAGAGAAUCACAACAGGGAGAUGAUGGAGAUCGUUGAAAAAUGCCGCGAAGUCGAACAUGCCUCUCGUGAAGCUUUCAAUGCCAUGGUCGACGAGAAAAGGCAGAAAGCCGCGGAGGUGACCGAAGAAUCGCGGCAAUUGAAAGCCCAGUUGGUGAAGCAGAGAGAGGAAGAAACUCGCAGGAAAAUUAAAUUGAUCCAAGAAAUUAAGACGCUUCAAUCUUUACGGGCAUUGCCAUCGAUCAAGGACUUCGAUCCAACGGAAUCAAGCGGUCUAGGUCUCCUUUGUGAAAUGUCCUUGGCGGAGUUGAAAGAGAGAUUAUUCUGGACCAAGAUGAAAUUGGACGAGGAAACAAAGGAGAGAAAAUCUGUUAUUCAUCGAGAACGCGAAAGGCAGAAAAACUUGAUCAACGAAACGAGAAAAGCGCUCGAAGAAUAUAAAGCGAGCAAGUUAGUUGUAAAACUAUUACAUAUCGCUAAUUAUUUGCGGCGUGCUGUUUUUCCGAUGAAAUCACGACAACGAUUACAGCCUGUUAGUUCACCAGAGAUUGACGCGUUACGAAAGAAACUGGAAAAACAAAAAGCACUAAGAUUACAGAAAGGAACAGUGUCUAUUACGAAAUAAACGAAUCUUUAUCCGUUCGGACAGAACCUUUCAACUCCGAUGAUUUCUUUAGAAUUUAUUAUCUAUUUAUUUACUGAUUCCGUAGUCACUGUGUAAUAGUAUGAUGAAGCAGAAAUGUUUUCAGAAAUUAAUAGCGUAUGAUAAACGUAAGCGAAAUUAGUAACUAAAAAUUCACGUGUCAUCUUUAAGAGAUCAAGAAAUUGCGGAAAUAAAUCAAAAUAAGAUAUCAAAAUAACAAACAUAUUUCAUAUUUCCAUUAUUACUAAA